UUUAAGGUUUAUUUUCGCACAAUUUGGGCUCACCCUAACUUUAUUUUCGCAUCACCCACAAUUUUGGGCUCACCCUAUUCCUUUCACUUCUCUAUCGCUCACAUUUCAUUUCAUCGUUCACUUCGCUCUUCGCUGCUUUACAUAUUGUUGUUAUCGCUCACAUUUCAUUUCAUCGUUCACUUCGCUCUUCGCUGCUUUACAUAUUGUUGUUAUCGCUCACAUUUCAUUUCAUCGUUCACUUCGCUCUUCGCUGCUUUACACAUUGUUGUUAUCAAUAACUGAUCAUUAUUUUGUGCAGAAUUUAGUACAUCUGCAUUGCCAACAACAUACAUGCACAUCGAUACAAUGUAUGCCGAAAAAAUACAUAAAUCCCACGUCGCAUCGUCUUCGCAUGAUCUCCCCUUCACCUAACAUCGAUAAAGGGAUAGCGGUGCCCAAAACCAUUAUAAAAGGACCAGCCACGCACCUUUCGAUACAGUUUUAUACAGUUUUCGUUUUCGUUUGCCAUCACGGCUCCCCCGGUACUUGUAAUUAAAUUAAGCAAGUUACUUUCGUCGCCCUUUUUUUGCCUCGGGUCUAAAUAUUGUACGUUUUUAUAAAAUAAAGAAUUAGUUUUUGGAUCUAAUUUCGAGUUUCAAUUUUGCGGAUAAACCUAAGUCAACUGGGUUGGCCAGUCAUCAUCCAUAAAUUGGUCCUUCGAGCCGGAUUGAAGAGCUGGCCAUCGCCAUCGUUGUCAACCAAUUGACUUAAGUUUUAAUCAUCACAUACAAGUAUUGGAAAUGGAGCCUCACAAUAUACCUGCGGAUACGUCACCACCAUCAACAACCCCCUUUAGAGAAAGCGAUUCGGUGCAUCAUGAGGCGGGAACACCACGAACUUCCCAAUCCGUGUGGUCUCAGGGUAAUGAUGCGUCUGCUCAUUUGAAAACGCAAAAUGAGUACCGCAUCAAGGUCAAACAGCGUCAACAAAUUCUGGAUAGAAUCAACAUCGAACGCAUACUUCCGCAUCUUAGCAGUAUUUCCGUGCACGAGCUCGAGGCAAAAUUAUCGGUACUGGAACGUCAGUACGAAUCAUUUCACCAUCUACAAUCAGAAUUGGAGCUAAUGAACGAUGAAGAACUCAAUCAACCACAUCGGGAUACAUUCGAUGAAUCCUUUUGUGCAGCGAAGGCAAUCAUAGUGCAGCGCAUAAAUGUGCUUAACCCCGCACGCCGAGAAACUAUAUUCAACAGCACAGCGAUUGCAUCUCCGUCACAUCGAGUCAACCUUCCGAAACUUCAACUCACGAAAUUCAAUGGUCAUCAUCGAAAUUGGAUGGAUUUUUACAACAUGUUUUUAGCGCUCGUUCACAACAACAACCAAUUAGCAAACAUCGAGAAGUUUCAGUACCUCCGAUCAUGUCUCGUCGACUCAGCAGCUAGCCUCAUACAAUCGUUUGAGGUGACCGAUGAAAAUUAUAUCAAGGCGUUGGAUCUGUUACAGUCUAGAUAUGGAAACAAGCGGCUAAUUUUCCAAGCUCAUAUCCAACAUAUUUUCGAAGUACAGGGAGAAACAAGGCAGAAUGCAUCAUCGAUGAGGGCGUUCAUAGACGUCGUCAAUACCAACUUACGAGCUGUGCAAUCACUAGCUUCAAAUCAGCAAGUAUCAGAUGGCAUACUCUUGCAUCUGGUAUCCUCAAAGCUCAAUACAGACACGAAGGCCAAGUGGGAGGAAGAGGUUACCCACUUGUUUGAUCAGCGAUCAACUGCCAUGAGUUUUCAACUGCCCACUUGGGAGGACUUAGCAAAAUUCUUAGAACGUCGUUGUCAAAUUGCAGAUAUUUUGGAAGCCGGGCAGCCUAAAACACUCGUACCAAGAACUCAGCUAACAACACAUAGGCACAACAAACGUGACGCAAAAUGGGCCAUGGUGAGUACCAAACAAGCAAAGUGUGAAUUUUGCAAUGCGGUUCCCCGUCAUAAUGCCUUCAAAUGCGACACGUUACGUGCAAUGGAUCCACUUGCAAGAUAUAACUGUGUAAAAAGACUGAACUUGUGCUUGAAUUGCCUUGGAUCAGGUCAUAAAUCAAAUGAUUGUCCUUCAGUCCAUCUCUGUAAACACUGCAAUGUAAAACAUCAUACACUACUACAUCGAAAUGAUUCAGCCAUUACCAACGUAUCACCAAGAGCAGGUUUGCUCUCAUCAUCUGCUCUUAAGGUGAGUCUCGAUCAAUCAGAAGUUAUUCUUGGAACAGCAAUUAUUCAUGUUUUUAAUUCUCGGGGAGUGAGCAUCCGAGCUCGCGCUCUGCUAGAUUCCGGAUCUCAACUGCAUUUCAUCACGGAGAAAUUGGCACAACAUUUAAGAGUAACUCGAAAGGGCGUAGAUAUCGACGUCAGUGGAAUAGGUCAAAGGAGAGCAAAGGCGCAACAUUUAUGUUGCAUAACGAUUAAAUCUCUAACCAAAGAGUAUAGUGCUACCAUUGAUGCACUAAUCAUACCAUCCAUUACGUCAUGUCAACCUAGUCGUCGCAUCGAUCAGUCAACCAUUUCUAUUCCAGAUACCAUUUCCAUCGCUGAUCCGACAUUCAACAUACCAGGACAAAUUGACAUACUCAUUGGAGCAGGAUUAUUUUUUGAGAUACUUAGAGCAAUUCCUGCGCACGUAACAUCAGCAGCUGAUCCAUCACCUCCAUACAAAGCAUUCACAUCAGUCACAUCAGAGUCCAUUUUAGAUAAGCUCCUGGAAAGGUUUUGGGCAAUCGAAGACAUUCCAGCAUCGUCAUCGUCGACUCUAUCAUCGGAUGAGCUCGAAUGUGAAUCCUAUUUCAGCUCUACUACUCACAGGUGUCCCGUUACCAACAAGUUCAUUGUUCGCCUUCCAUUUCGUGAAGAACCGCAUCACCUGGGUACUUCAGAAGAAACCGCAGGCAAAAGAAUGGUUUCGUUAGAAUCCAAACUGAACCAAAACUCAAAUCUUCGCAGAGAUUACAAUGAAUUCAUGGAAGAAUAUAUCAAUAUGAAGCAUAUGAUUCCAGUUAAUUCAGAAUAUUCACCAAGAAAUCGCCUAAACUAUAUUCCCCACCACGGGGUCACAAAAUUUGACAGCUCGACUACUAAGCUGCGGGUAGUCUUUGACGCCUCCUGCAAAACCUCAAAUGGAUAUUGCCUAAACGACAUGUUGAGAGUUGGUCCCCAGCUACAAGAUACGAUAUUCACAAUUUUGACCCGAUUCAGAAGACACAAAUAUGUCAUCAUGGCUGACAUUGCCAAAAUGUAUAGGCAAAUCUGGGUCGACGAACGAGAUACCCAAUGGCAAUGCAUUUUCUGGCGCCCUACCUCUCAACAACCACUUACCACAUAUCAGCUACAAACAGUUACUUAUGGAACUAGUUGCGCACCGUACCUUGCUGUAAAAUGCCUUCAACAGCUGGCAAUUGAUGAAGCGAAAACUUACCCAAUCGGAUCAAAGGUAACAUUAAGCGACUUCUAUGUAGACAAUUUAAUAAGUGGCGCAGCUAGUAUCGGCGAGGUCAUCGAAAUCAAAAAUCAAACCAUAAACUUACUGAAUUGCGCGGGAUUUCCUUUACGAAAAUUUGCAUCUAACGCAUCCGAAAUUGUUGCCGAUAUUUUACCAGAAGACAAAGAAGAGACAAUUCGUUUCCAUGACACUGAGUUUGUAAAAACGUUAGGGUUAAAAUGGUCACCAGUUGAGGAUUGCUUUCUAUUUCAUUUGGUAGCGGAUAAUACCGUUAAAACUACAAAGCGUUCAAUUCUAUCAAAAUUGGCAAGUUUUUUUGAUCCGAUAGGUCUCCUCAAUCCGUUGAUUGUAACAUGCAAAAUUUUGAUGCAACAACUGUGGAAGCUGAAGUCGCCAUGGGAUGAUGAGGUCCCACCCGGGAUCAAGGUUCAUUGGGAGCUAUUCAAUAAACAACUACCGCUUUUACAAACAUUAAAAAUACCCAGGUAUGCUAAUAUUGAUAUCGAUACUAAACUUCACGCAUUUGCAGAUGCAAGCACUAAGGCAUAUGGAGCAUGUGUGUAUGCAGCAUGGAGUGAUGCAUAUGGUGAGCAUUCGUCACUACUCUGUGCUAAAUCUCGAGUGGCACCAACGAAAGAGAUUACAUUACCUAGGCUAGAACUUUGUGCAGCCCUAAUGGCCGCAGAACUGAUGUCAGCAGUUAACAACAUACUCAAUCUUCCUGGCGCAAAUGUAUACUGCUGGUCAGAUAGCACAAUUGCGCUUGCUUGGAUAGCAGGUGAACCGUCGAGAUGCAACGUUUUCGUGGCCAACAGGGUAGCAAAAAUACAGCAAUUAACGAAAACCUUUUCCUGGAAUCACGUACCAACAGACCAGAAUCCCGCUGAUAUUGUAUCACGUGGAGCAUGUGCCAGCGAACUUUUACGAAAUACACUUUGGUGGCACGGACCAGAAUUUAUCCAACAGAGCUGUGAUUAUUGGCCUUCAGCAGUGCAUGUAUCACAAAACGAAUUACCAGAACAGCGGCUUCAAAGAACUGCAUUAAUUGCUAUUCCAACUUCUGACUUCAUUAGUAAACACAAGUAUGUUAAUAGCUACAUGAAAUUGCUGAGAAUUUUUGCUUAUGUAAGUCGAUUUAUUCGUGGAUGUCGAAAGCAGUCAUCAGUUAAUGAUUGCAUCAACAUAUCGGCACCUGAAAUGGAUGAAGCAUUAGAAUUGAUAUGCAGACACAUUCAAUAUAUUUCAUUUUCAGAAGACAUCCACGCCAUUGAGAUUGGAGAACAACAUCGCAACUCAAAGCUAAUUGCAUUGUCGCCAUUCUUGCAUAAGAACUUACUCAGAGUUGGAGGGCGACUUAAAAAUUCAUUAUUGCCUUUUAACAGUAAACAUCCAAUUCUACUUCCAUCAUCACACGCAUUUGUAAAUACAUUAAUUCGACAUUUUCAUCAUCAUCACUUGCACGCCGGAGUCCAAACGCUCCAAAACAUUUUGAGAGACAAGUUCUGGAUAACAAACGCACGCCAUGUUAUCCCAAUUAUUGCUGAGCAAAUUAUGGGGCAUCUUCCAGCCGAUCGAGUCCAGCAAACUUACCUGUUCGAAGUGACAGGAGUGGAUUAUUGUGGACCUGUCCUUAUAACUCAACGAAUUCGCGGCCGUUCACCAAUUAAGUCUUAUAUUGCAGUAUUUAUUUGUUUUGUAACUAAGGCAGUACACUUAGAAGUUGUACCCAACUUGUCCACACAAGCAUUUAUGUAUAAUUUAAGUAUAAUUUGCUGAUUAUUUUGGAGUAGUUGACUCCAACCGGGGGAGGAUGUUAAGGGUUUAAGGUUUAUUUUCGCACAAUUUGGGCUCACCCUAACUUUAUUUUCGCAUCACCCACAAUUUUGGGCUCACCCUAUUCCUUUCACUUCUCUAUCGCUCACAUUUCAUUUCAUCGUUCACUUCGCUCUUCGCUGCUUUACAUAUUGUUGUUAUCGCUCACAUUUCAUUUCAUCGUUCACUUCGCUCUUCGCUGCUUUACAUAUUGUUGUUAUCGCUCACAUUUCAUUUCAUCGUUCACUUCGCUCUUCGCUGCUUUACACAUUGUUGUUAUCAAUAACUGAUCAUUAUUUUGUGCAGAAUUUAGUACAUCUGCAUUGCCAACAACAUACAUGCACAUCGAUACAAUGUAUGCCGAAAAAAUACAUAAAUCCCACGUCGCAUCGUCUUCGCAUGAUCUCCCCUUCACCUAACAUCGAUAAAGGGAUAGCGGUGCCCAAAACCAUUAUAAAAGGACCAGCCACGCACCUUUCGAUACAGUUUUAUACAGUUUUCGUUUUCGUUUGCCAUCACGGCUCCCCCGGUACUUGUAAUUAAAUUAAGCAAGUUACUUUCGUCGCCCUUUUUUUGCCUCGGGUCUAAAUAUUGUACGUUUUUAUAAAAUAAAGAAUUAGUUUUUGGAUCUAAUUUCGAGUUUCAAUUUUGCGGAUAAACCUAAGUCAACUGGGUUGGCCAG